GUUUGCUAAUUAAAUUUAUUUAUAAUUUUAAUUAGUAAAUUAUGUAAUAAUUAUUUUUUAUUUUCACAUUUGCAAAACUAAUUUGUAUUCAUAGAUUUUGAAUAUUAUGGCCCAAAUUUACACUUUGAUUGUGAUAUUUUGAUCAUUUCACAUUAAAAUGGUUCACCCCUGCCCUUCACACGGCAAUGUUUUAAUGUACUCAAUUUCCUCCAAAAUUUUAAAGCGAUUCCCCCUUAAUUUGGUCAGAUUUUCUAAAAAUCCUUACCUUAUCUUCUCACCCAAAUUACAUCGCCUUCUCUUUUGCCGCAAUUGCCAUACUCUUAACCAAAACUAUCUCACCAAUUGUUUUAACACUGUUCACAAUGUUAAUGAUAUUAAAAGACUAUUUACAACUCAAUCGAAUCCCGAUCCAAACAAUCCAACUAAAAGUUUGAGUAAUAAACUAAAUAAAGAAGUAGAUGAUACAAAAGACGAGUUAAAAAGUGAGAGAAAAGAGGAACUAAAAGAUAAUUCUGAGACUGAGAAAAGGCGUGAGAAGAUAUUUAAUUUAUCGGAUUUUAAGAAGAGUUAUAACAAGGAUAAAAAUGACGACGAUUCAAAGGAUGACCCAAAGUCGAAAUAUUAUCGUUUUUUUGACUUAUCAACGUUAUUUGUGGUAGGACUUGGCCUUAUUAUCCUCCUGGAACUGGUUGACACAAAUGUUUUGAUUAAUGAAAUUACAUUUCAGGAGUUCAUCUCAAAAUACUUUAUCAAGGGUUACGUUGACCGGAUUCAGGUGGUUAAUAAGGAUUUCUGCCGCUGUUACAUCUCGGAUCUUUCACCCAUUAAAACACCCAAAUACAUCACCUUCAGACUCGGAACUAUCGACUCUUUCGAACAAAAAAUCGAUGAUAUACAGGUAAAAUUAGCCUCGAUGGGUUUACAUCCCCAGAAUUACAUCCCGAUACAUUACGUGAAUGAGGUGAAUUUACUGGCAGAAUUCAAGAAAACAACACCAUUUCUCCUUGUAAUGCUACUAACCGCAAUUGGACUCAGGAAAAUUAGUAUCAAGGGCCCCCCAAACAUGGACCGGUUCCUCAAAUUGGGUAAAGCCACACCUCUAGAAGGAAAAGACCUCAAAGUGAAUGUGAAGUUUUCGGAUGUGGCUGGGAUGCGUGAGGCGAAGUAUGAGAUAUCGGAAUUUGUUGAUUUUUUACGUUCCCCGAAGACGUAUGAGUCUUACGGAGCUAAGAUCCCCAAGGGCGUUUUACUCUGUGGCCCUCCGGGCACAGGGAAAACUUUACUGGCAAAGGCAGUGGCUGGUGAGGCUAAUGUGCCAUUUUACUCCAUGAGUGGAAGUGAUUUCAUAGAAGUUUUCGUCGGAAUUGGCCCGUCAAGAGUUCGCGAUUUAUUUGAUAAGGCUAGAAAAAACGCGCCGUCAAUUAUUUUCAUUGAUGAAAUCGACGCGAUUGGGAGGAAAAGAUCAAAGACAGGCUUCACCGCAGGGUCUAGCGAUGAACGGGAGAAUACACUGAACCAGUUACUGGUGGAGAUGGACGGGUUCAAGAGCACUUCAGGAGUGAUAGUACUGGCCGGUACUAACAGAGCUGAUAUUCUCGAUCCAGCACUGACAAGACCUGGCCGCUUUGACCGCACAGUCAACAUCUCAAGACCUGACCUAGAAGAACGCUAUGAAAUUUUCAAAGUACACUUAAGACCCAUUAAAAUCAAUCCCAAAUCUGUAAAUCAGAGUGUGACCACAGAUACUCCUGGGGAUAGUAAUGUGGAUAAGACUGUAGAAACUGUUACCACUGAUAACACUAAGGAUAACCCUGCUGACAACCCUGUAAAUAAUACUGCAGAUAAUACUGUAGAUAACCCUGUGAACAACACUGUAGAUAACCCUGUGAACAACACUGUAGAUAACCCUGUGAACAACACUGUAGACAAUACUGCAGACAACCCUGUGAAUAACCCUGUGAAUAAUUCCGUAGAUAAUACUGUUAACAGUUCCGAUGUUGUGGAUGUGUUUGCUCGAAAGUUGGCUGCGUUGACUCCGAAUUUUGUUGGUGCAGAGAUAGCGAAUGUGUGUAACGAGGCUGCGAUCCAGGCAGCACGUCGUAAGUCAUCAAAUGGUGUGGAAAUGGUCGACUUUGACAACGCCAUUGAACGAGUAAUGGCCGGCAUGAAGAAGUCGGGAGAUAUCCUCACACCUCAGCAGAAAUUAGCCGUGGCGUAUCAUGAAGUUGGACAUGCACUUGUGGGCUGGUUCCUGGAGCAUGCAGAUCCCGUGCUGAAAGUGUCAAUAGUGCCGAGAUCUUCAGGAGCGCUAGGGUUUGCUCAGCAAAUGCCUGACGACUCGAUGUUAUUUACCAGAGACGCUCUUCUGGAUAAAAUAGCUGUAAUCCUGGGCGGUAGAGCUGCGGAGGAUAUUUUUAUAGGUAAAAUCACAACAGGCGCUACUGACGACCUCAGUAAGGUAACGAAAAUGUGUUACGCCUUCGUUUCACAGUGGGGAAUGAAUAAGGAACUGGGCCUGGUAUCAUUUCAAAGGGAUAACACGGAUGAUCCCAAUUUCUAUCGUAACUACUCUGAGACUACGGCACAGCUCAUUGAUCAGCAGGUGAGAACAAUCAUCGAGGACCAGUACCUGAGGGUUAAAAAUAUGCUACUGGGAAAGGCAGAACUGGUACAUAAACUGUCCAAAUUAUUAUACGAUAAAGAGACUAUAACUUAUCACGAUAUUGUUCAAUGUGUUGGAGAACGAGAAUUCCCAAUGAAAGAUCGCUAUAAACCUUAUAUACAAACCAAUAAAGAUAAUUAA